AAAACUCACCUCCCUUUGCUUCACCUCCCGACCCUCCGUCGCCUCCCAGCACCCGUUUCUUUUCUCUUUCUCUUCUUCUUCUUUUGGUUGCUUGACCGUAAUCACUCCUUCUGCCGGCUUCUUUCAACCUAAUUGUUUAAUUCCUUUGCCUUUCUCGGGUCACUCGAGGAACAAGCCACCCAUCAUGAGCGGCCUUCGUUUCCUCGACUUGAUCAAACCCUUUACGCCCCUCCUUCCGGAGGUGGCAGCCCCCGAAACGAAGGUGCCCUUCAACCAGAAACUGAUGUGGACGGGGUUGACCUUGUUGAUUUUCUUGGUGAUGAGUCAAAUGCCACUUUAUGGAAUUGUCUCUUCAGAUACCUCUGACCCCCUUUAUUGGCUUCGAAUGAUGUUGGCCAGUAAUCGCGGAACACUGAUGGAACUGGGUAUUACUCCAAUCAUUUCGUCUGGAAUGGUCUUCCAGCUUCUUGCAGGAACCCACCUCAUCGAUGUCAACCUCGACCUCAAAACCGACCGUGAGCUUUAUCAAACUGCCCAGAAACUUUUUGCUAUCAUCCUGUCCUUCGGCCAGGCUUGCGUUUACGUCCUCACGGGUCUCUAUGGCCAGCCCAGUGAUCUUGGUGCUGGAAUCUGCGUCUUGUUGAUUGUCCAGCUUGUCGUCGCCGGCCUUGUCGUCAUUCUUCUGGACGAGUUGUUGCAAAAGGGAUAUGGUCUCGGAAGUGGUAUCUCGCUUUUCAUCGCGACUAAUAUCUGCGAGUCCAUCAUGUGGAAGGCUUUCUCCCCAACCACCUACAAUACCGGCCGUGGCCCCGAAUUCGAAGGAGCAGUUAUUGCUUUGUUCCACCUCUUGUUGACAUGGAAAGACAAGCAGCGAGCUUUGCACGAAGCUUUCUAUCGACAGAACUUGCCCAAUAUCAUGAACCUUCUCGCUACCCUUAUUGUUUUCGCCGCCGUCAUCUAUCUCCAAGGCUUCCGCGUUGAAAUCCCGGUCAAAUCUUCUCGCCAGCGUGGCAUGCGUGGAUCCUAUCCCGUUCGUCUCUUCUAUACCUCCAACAUGCCUAUCAUGCUUCAGUCUGCCCUUUGCUCCAACAUCUUCUUGAUUAGUCAGAUGCUUUACUCCCGAUUCUCUGACAAUCUGCUCGUGAGACUUCUCGGAGUCUGGGAACCUCGUGAGGGUGGCUCCGCCCAGCUCCAUGCUUCUUCCGGUAUUGCGUACUACAUGUCCCCCCCGCUUAACUUCAAGGAGGCUCUCUUGGACCCGAUUCACACCGCUGUCUAUGUCGCUUUCAUGCUCGUUGCUUGUGCUCUCUUCUCCAAGACUUGGAUCGAAGUUUCUGGUUCAGCCCCCAGAGAUGUAGCCAAGCAGCUUAAGGACCAAGGACUUGUUAUGGCCGGACACCGUGAGCAGAGCAUGUAUAAGGAGCUUAAGCGUGUUAUCCCGACUGCUGCUGCAUUUGGUGGAGCAUGCAUUGGUGCCCUCUCCGUCGCCAGCGACCUUUUGGGCGCUUUGGGAAGUGGAACUGGUAUCUUGUUGGCCGUCACGAUCAUAUACGGCUACUUUGAAAUCGCAGCCCGCGAAGGUGACUUUGGCGCAGGCUUAAAAGGCCUUGUGCCUGGAAACUAGAUGACACAUUUAGUCCUAUGUAUGCAGGAUAAAACCUGUAUCUUUUCUUAAAUCUUCUAGAUUGUAUUAGUGCACAGUGGGUGCUCUCUUUGACAGGCCCUGUUUCGGCUUUGCAACCAUCGACCCAUGGGGCAACUUAGAAAUGGGGCAAAUUAUGUUCGAAUAUCUAUGAAAUUUUGCGUUUUUCCUCCUUCCUACCAGAGCGGGCACCCUAAAAGCGAGGUCUUCUAUCUGUGUAUAUAUGCCAAACCGUUCGAAUCGAUGAAAUAAACUAAUGAUCAUGGACCCGGUGCGAAAGCGAUGGACUUGAGAAAAAAGUACAAGGCGCACCUACACAGACCUUGUCUAUGCAAUGGCCCAACAUGGGAUACUUUAAGCUUGCUCAAUCAAAAGGGGAUAAAGAGAGAGGCGUUCGAAAUUCUUUGGAUGGUAUUCCGUGCUCAUGCUUUUUACGUUCGAUAAUCCCCAUUAAUAGUAACAUAUUCGUGACUGAAAUCGCAGAACCAGAAUACACCAUCUUCUCCGCCUUUGCCUGCCUCGCCUUUAUCCCCACCACCCAGGUCCACAACGAUUUCCAAGUCUUCAUUUUGUAGGAUCGCAGAUGCCCUCUCCUCAUCUACAGCUUCUGGCUCCCCGUUCACUAGCAACUUCAGCUCGGGGCUUCCGUCGACAGGCUUGAAGCUAACGCUCGUGCGCUCGGGUAUGACGGUGCCAGAGUUGAUGCCCUGGGUAUAGCCGACAGCGCACAGGAUCCGACCCCAAUUUGCGUCCUUUCCGUAAAGCGCUGUUUUGACAAGCGGAGAUCUGGCGAUGGUUGAUGCGAUGAGUUUGGCGUCAGAGUGGGAAGGAGAGUUUCGCACGCGCACAGUGACGAAUUUGGUGGCUCCUUCACCGUCGCGGACGACUAGCUGUGCGAGUGAUUGGGUGAAGCUGGUCAGGAUUGACUGCAUGGCGGUGUAUUCUGGGGAUUCAGGAGAAGAGAUUGGCUUUCCGCCGGCGACACCAUUGGCUAGGACGGCUAUGGUGUCAUUGGUGCUGGUGUCGCCGUCGACGGAGAUGGAGUUGAAUGAACGGGAGACGGAAUGUGCGAGUAGGGAUUGGAGGGCCGGGGCCUCGAUUGGUGCAUCUGUGCAGAUUAUACCCAGGAGGGUGGCCAUGUUGGGAUGGAUCAUCCCGGCGCCUUUGGUCAUUCCUGCUAUAUGGUACGUGCGGUCGGGAGAAGAGGGUAGGGUGAAGGAUCG